UCUUGUACGUUAGUUUACUCAGUUCAGAACAAUCUGAUCAAAUGGAGAAAUUAUUUUUCUUUUGCGUGCUGUACGGCUGUCUUGUGCACAUCACUUACAGUGAUGUGUCAGGACAGGAGGUGUCUAACCUGAUACUUGAUCAUCUGGGAGAAACUGUCACCCUGAACUGCAACAUGACCAACAGAUAUGAAAUCGCCUGGUAUCAUCUGAAUUCUGAACAGCUGCUGACUCUACUGGUGUCUGCACAGAAAGACCGGACACUUCUAAUCAACUACAAUACAAACCCCAGAUUGACCGUAAAUAGAGACAGCAGUAUCACAUUGGUCAGUUUGGUUAUUUCUGAAGUAACACAGUCAGAUUUGGGACUUUAUUUCUGUGGAACAAAAUCUGACACUCCAGAGAUGCACUUCAACAGAGCUGUCCGACUGCAAACUAGCGAAAACCUGAUGCGCAGAGAGGAAAACGGCGACUCUGUGAGAAAACACGGAGGAGAGGAGGUUGAGACCACAGAUGAUGAUGAUCUGACAGUGAAAGAGCGAGUCUUGAUGUUUGGAGGUGUUGGAUUGGCUAUCGUGAUAUUUUUCCUGGCGACUGUCGCUGCUGGUGGAAUAAUUCAUCAUCACGGCUGGCAGAAAGGCUGGAGCGAAGGGAAAGAUGCUAUCGCUCUCAGCUCAGAUUAAACCACCAUCAGCUAAUCUAUACAUCUAUUUGAUUUAUUUUACUAUUCAACUCAAGCUAUUUCAAGUAAAAUGUGUUCAGCACUGCAGCAGGUUAACAGCCUUUUAACAUUAUAAAGAGUGUCGAGAUCUCUGAGAGUUUAUGGUUUCUUUCUGGUUAAUUCACAUCACUUACAGAUUCAUUCUGUUCUUUCAACUGUAGUCUCUAUCACGGCCAGUACAGAUCAGAUUGUCAAUCAUUGUGGCCGUGGUUUAUGAUUGAAAAAGAACAACAAUAUUUACAUUUAUUCAUGUAGAAGAUGCUUUAAUCCAAAGUGAGAGAGCAUUUACAAUUAUUUUGUCGAUGAGCUAUAAACAAUUUUACCAGGCCAUGUUUACAAGGAUGAUGACUGGGGAGAAGGAAAAAUCAACAAAAAGAAACAGACACAGACAAAGACACAAGGUUUUUAAACAGCUAGAAAGAAGACAGUUCAGAGUUAGUUAGAAAGAUUUGAAACAGGUUUCUUGUGAUGGAUUCUGAAGCUUGAACGGAGGAACAAGUGGGUGAAAGUCGUCACUCGUUUGCAUUAUUGCUCACAUUCUUCAGUACUUGGUCUUAGAUGUUUACAAAUGCAAUAUCAGCACAUAAAUAAUUUUACAUAUGCCUUUAGCUUUUGUGUAUCUUUUGUUUAACAUAUAAACUUUAAAUAAAAAAUUAAGUCA